CAUUCUCGAUUAAAUUCAUCGACCAAUUGCCGUUGGUGGGUUUCCGUCGCACCGUCAAUCAUCAGCAUAUGUUGGUGAUUUUCACGUGAAAACAACACUUCUGCACGGUGUGUCACGCAGUUAUAUCUUUGAAGUUUGUCUGUGAGGAUCGUGAACACAAAAUAGUGAGCUAUGAAGCACGGAAAGAAGCGCAAAGCGCCUGCUUUUGUGGAGUCAGACGACACGCCGGAGAUCGAGAGGAAGAAGGGAAGCCUCGUGUGCCUGAACGAGAGAAAACUGAUUGUCGUGCUCGAGGGGGCUCAACUUGAGGUCACGAAGGUUGGGAAUGUGUUCGAGCUGUUGAACUGCGAUGAUCACACAUCAAUUCUGCGGAAGCACAAUCGCACUGCCGCCUCUUGUCGGCCAGACAUCACCCAUCAAUCCCUCUUGAUGCUGCUGGACAGUCCGCUGAACCGCGCCGGAUUGCUUCAGGUGUUUAUUCGUACGCACCAGAACGUCCUGAUCGAGAUCAAUCCCGCCACUCGAAUUCCGCGCACGUUCAAGCGCUUCGCCGGCAUGAUGGUGCAGCUGUUGAACAAGUUCUGCAUCCGCGCGGACACGACGACUGGCGAGAAGCUGCUGAAGGUGAUCAAGAAUCCCAUCGCGAAUCACUUGCCGGCCGGCUGCAAGAAACUCACGAUGUCCUUCACGGGCGAUCUGGUCAGCAACUGCAGAGAACUGGUGCCCAAGGAUCAGCCGAUUGUGGUGGUGAUCGGAGCGUUCGCGCAUGGGAACGUGGACGUGGACUACACAGAAGCGUCGGUGUCUAUCAGCAAAUUCCCACUCUCGGCGGCGCUCACGUGCACGAAGCUCUGCAGCGCUUUCGAGGAAGCGUGGGCCGUUGAGUAGGACGAUUGUUAUUAAAUUAUAUAUACUUUGUUGUAAAAUGUAUUUUCUAAGAAUAGACGAAAAGAGCGAUUUGAAUGCAUUUUUUAU